AUUGAAUUGAACAUUUCAGUGGAACAAACCAUACUAUAGUCGUUAUUUAAAAUAUCCAAAGUAAAGUCUACAGCAGACAUGCACAUUUAGAUCAUAUUGUUGCUAAAUUGCUUGUAUUCAUAACAGUCAUCUUUUAUUUAAUAGGCUGGCAGGAAUUUAGCUUUAACCAAAAUUCAAAAACACACAAACUUUUUAUGGUGUUUUAUUUUCUUUAAAGUCCAAAUCUAUUGAAUAUUUCUCUUCAUUUUUCUCAUAGAAAAGAAUUGAACACUAUUGAUACCAGGAUAUGUUUUUUGGGGGGGGGGGUGUUUACCCAUCACUGAGCAGGGCCUCCUUUCUGUUUCUAUUCCAGUUUAUGCUGCUUUUGCAGUUUACACUAAAUAGAAACAUAGCGCUAGUUAUAUCGGACUAUGAAAAAUGAAAGUCAAUCUUUCUAAACCACAUGCACACACAUGAGAAGGCGGACGAGUGUGCUUAUGUUGCUAUUGGCUGCUCAUGUAGAAGCUGUGCUGAUGGAUUCAAUCCAGCUCACUGUGUCCGCUCAGCAUGACUGAAAGUGUAGAGCUGACUUAUGCUUUUCUGCAGCACAAAUAUGUAUUCUAUAGCUUGAAAAAUGUUGCUACUGCAGUAAAAUAUAUGCAAAUCUGGCAAUAAUAGGAAAUGUUGUUAAAUAAUAACAACAUUUUGUAUAUAUAUUAAACCAUAAAAUAGCAUAGCUAAUAAGAUAUACAUGCCUUUUUAAAAGCAACAGAGUUUUAUAGUUCAUUUAGCCAUUACUAACCUUGUGCUGAAGGUCAUGACACUUCAUCAAAGUCUUCAGUAUAAGGAGAAUUUAAUGCUGAUAGCAUAUUUCUAUAGGCAGUAAUGGAUACAGGGUUGAUAUAUCAUCCCCUAUUGAUAAUGUGAUAACAGAUGCAGGAGGCAGUGCUUGAAGUGUAAAAGUCCUGAAAGGAUGUUGAUGCCAUUACAUUUUUAUGGAAUUGUACCCUUGUAGGGGAAACUCUAUGGAGAAAACUUUUGCUUGCGAAAAACUAAUAAUUACAUAUUACUAAUAAACUAAUAAUUACAUAUUAAAUAAUUACAGGACUUUAUACUGAUUGCAAUGGAAUACUAUGUUUACCUGCUCAAUGCGUACUCUCACUAACUUGUGUUUACUGGAAUCUUCGAAAACGAUGUUAAAAUUUGUGUAUUAUUAGCUAUUAUAAAAGUAUAGCUUACUUUAAGACCACCUCCAUAAUUCGUACGCUGCGCCUUUUUUGUGGAAUGAGCCUGUUAUAUCCUUAUAUCCUCGUAUAAAUUUAACAGUCAGAAUUUUUUCUCUGACAAAAAAAAAAAAAAAAAAAUGGACCUCUUUUUUUCCGGAAUUUCUGAAUUUGAUAGUGACAUUUAUGGCAUUAAGACUAUAUAUAUUCUAGCUUCGGCAAUUUAAUAAAUAAAAUAUUUUAGGUAUAAUAUGAGUUGGGAAUCUGCGGAGUUCGUGUGACGUCACAUGGUUCCCCUGGGAUCGGUGGAGGAGUGAGUGAGUGAAUGCGCAGGAUGCUGAGCAGCUGAUUCUGUGAAUUUAACCAAUAUGGACAGUUCCAUUCCGCUAACCUAGCAUCUACUGCAGUAUAAAAAGGGGAGCAUUUCACUAAACACUGCGAAGGAAAACGCACCAGCCUCACAAUGGAUCGUUUUCUCCAUUCACCUGGCCGGACACGGGAAGAGUACCGGUACCAAACGGCGCGUCCUUCAUCGCAACUCAUCUCAAGGUCUGCCUUUAGCCUCGGGUCCACUGCACCACUGAGAGGUAAUGAAACCCUGAAAGAAUUCGCCGCAAAACCGGCUGAUAGCUUAGAUUUUUCAAACAAAUAUGCAGGUGGAAUGACUAUGAGGAAAAUUAGUGAGAAAGAAUUACUGCAGGGGCUCAAUGACCGCUUCGCGGGAUUCAUCGAGAAGGUUCAUCACCUGGAAAAUCAAAACCGAGCACUAGAGAAAGAAAUUGAGGCUAUUAGGUUCAGAGCUAAAUCAUCUUCUUCUCUGUCCAAAGAGUAUGAAUCAGAACUUAACAGUCUGAGGCAGCAAGUUCAUGAGAUGGGCCUUCAAAAGCAUCAGAUUGAGAUAAACCGUCAGAACCUGGAGGACGAGUUUAAUACUUUGAGAGAGAAGUAUGAAAGAGAGGCUCGUGGUCGAGUUGAUGCCGAGGACAGCAUUUCGGUACUCAAGAAAUACAUUAACGACUCAUACCUAGCAAAGCAAGAGAUGGACAGAAAAGCCACAGCUCUUGAAGAGGAGAUCGGGUUCUUGAAGAAAAACCACGAAAGCGAGGUAGCAGAAAUGAUGGCCCAAGUCCAAGAGAGUAAUGUGACAGCAGAAAUAAGUGAUUUCAGUAGAAGUGAUGUCACUGCAGCUCUGAGGGACAUCAGGAUGCAACUCGAAGGUCACACCGACCCUGACAUCCGAUAUGCUGAGGAACGCUUUAGAGCGCAGCUCGCCAAACUGACCAAAGCUGCUGAAGUCAACAGAGAAUCUCUCAUGGCGACUAAAGCAGAGAUUAAUGAACACCGGAGACAGCUGCAGUCCAAGAACAUUGAGCUCGACUCUGUGAAAGGUGUGAGGGAAGCACUGGAGAGGCAGCUGUAUGACCUCGAGCAACGGCACAAUGCUGAAAUUCAUCACUACCAGGAUACAAUCAGAGAGUUGGAAUAUGAGCUGAAAAAUGCUAAAUUUGACAUGAGCAGUCAUCUGCGGGAGUACCAGGACCUUCUCAAUGUCAAAAUGGCACUGGAUGCUGAAAUUUAUUCCUACAGGAAUCUUUUGGAGGGUGAAGAGUCAAGGUACUCUACAAUCUCAGAUGCACAUAUUUCAGUACCAUACAUUUACAGACAGUCACCCACCUAUACUCUCCCUUGUGUCAAAAGGCAGGGGGGAGCAACUCGAAAAGCAGAGCCUCAGUACAAAUUUGUUGAAGAGAUUAUUACAGAGACAACCAGAGAAGAUGUGGAGAUAUCAGACACUGGCUCUGAUAAGAGCCCGGAGGGGAGAGAGGGUGACAAACCAGAUGAGGAGAGCAGCGAGAAAGAUGCGCAGGAUGAAACUCCUCAAGAAGCUGAAGAUAUUGAAGAACCAGCUGUGGAGAAUGGCGAUGAACACAGUCCCGAGUUAGAGACAGAGGAAAAUGAAGUCAAACCAAGUGAUGAAAAAGAGGAUGAGCCAGUUGAAAAAACUCCAGAUGAUUCUGAGGUACAAAAAGAUGCUGACACUGAACCAGCUAUAGACUCUACAGAAAAGGCCAUUGAUGAACAAGAUAAAGGUGAGGAAACAGACACAAAAGACACCGAGCAGAAAGACCUGAAGGAUGACACGAAUGGAAAAGUAGAAGGACCUGAAGAGGAAAAUGUGAUGAAGACAGAUAAACCAGCUAAAGAGACAGAGAAAGAUGUCCCCAAACCAGAUAUGGCAGAAAAGCAAGAAAUGCCAGAGAAAUCAGAAACUGGACCAAAAGACAAACCAUCUGAGGAGCCACAAGGUCCUGAAGCAACACCUGAAGUAGACACUAAGCCAACUGGACAAACUGGGGAAGCAACUUCUCCAGGAACUGAAGAUGAUAAACACAAAGCUGCUAAAAUCUCAUCUCAAGAAUCCGCAACUACAAAACUUGCAGAGAAAGAGAAAGAAACAACUCCAGUUCAACCUGUAGAGGACGAUAUUCCCAAACCUGACAAACAGGCACCUGCUGAACUUGCUGAGAGUGGAAAACAGACUACUGGAGAGGACACAAAGGAGGAGCCCUCUGCAAAAAAAGACCAUACUGAUACUGUAAAGGAAGAAACAAAAGAAUCUAAACCUAUGGAAAAAGACCAAGAGGAUAACAACAAACUAACAGAGAAACCUGUGGAGAAGAAGCAAGAGGUUCAAUCAAAGACAGAGGAAAAGGAACAAAAACCUGAGGAGUCUGUUAAAGAUAGCAAAGUUGCUGAACUGGUAGACAAUGUGAAAACAGAAAAGGGUGAAAGUAUCACGCCUAAAGAAACAGAAAAGACACAAAAAGAGCUUUCAAAGGUUGCAGAAGAGCAAUCACAACCUGAAAAGUCAAAGAAACAGGAGGACAGCAAAAGUGAGAGUGCAGACAGCAUCAAAACAGAAAAAGUUGAACAAGCUUUGCCUAAAGAAACAGAAAAGACGCAAUUGGACCUUUCAAAAGAUACACAAGACAAAUCACAACCUGAAAAGUCAAAGGAACAGGAGGACAGCAAAAGUGAGAGUGUAGACAGCGUCAAAACAGAAAAAGUUGAACAAGCUACGCCUAAAGAAACAGAAAAGACGCAAGAAGACCUUUCAAAAGUAAAGGAAGAAAAAUCACAACCUGAAAAGUCAAAGGAACAGGAGGACAGCAAAAGUGAGAGUGCAGACAGCAUCAAAACAGAAAAAGUUGAACAAGCUUUGCCUAAAGAAACAGAAAAGACGCAAGAGGACCUUUCAAAAGAUACACAAGACAAAUCACAACCUGAAAAGUCAAAGGAACAGGAGGACAGCAAAAGUGAGAGUGCAGACAGCAUCAAAACAGAAAAAGUUGAACAAGCUUUGCCUAAAGAAACAGAAAAGACGCAAGAGGACCUUUCAAAAGUAAAGGAAGAAAAAUCACAACCUGAAAAGUCAAAGGAACAGGAGGACAGCAAAAGUGAGAGUGCAGACAGCGUCAAAACAGAAAAAGUUGAACAAGCUUUGCCUAAAGAAACAGAAAAGACGCAAGAGGACCUUUCAAAAGAUACACAAGACAAAUCACAACCUGAAAAGUCAAAGGAACAGGAGGACAGCAAAAGUGAGAGUGUAGACAGCGUCAAAACAGAAAAAGUUGAACAAGCUUUGCCUAAAGAAACAGAAAAGACGCAAGAAGACCUUUCAAAAGUAAAGGAAGAAAAAUCACAACCUGAAAAGUCAAAGGAACAGGAGGACAGCAAAAGUGAGAGUGCAGAUAGUGUCAAAACAGAAAAAGUUGAACAAGCUUUGCCUAAAGAAACAGAAAAGACGCAAGAGGACCUUUCAAAAGUAAAGGAAGAAAAAUCACAACCUGAAAAGUCAAAGGAACAGGAGGACAGCAAAAGUGAGAGUGUAGACAGCGUCAAAACAGAAAAAGUUGAACAAGCUUUGCCUAAAGAAACAGAAAAGACGCAAGAGGACCUUUCAAAAGAUACACAAGACAAAUCACAACCUGAAAAGUCAAAGGAACAGGAGGACAGCAAAAGUGAGAGUGCAGACAGCGUCAAAACAGAAAAAGUUGAACAAGCUUUGCCUAAAGAAACAGAAAAGACGCAAGAGGACCUUUCAAAAGUAAAGGAAGAAAAAUCACAACCUGAAAAGUCAAAGGAACAGGAGGACAGCAAAAGUGAGAGUGUAGACAGCGUCAAAACAGAAAAAGUUGAACAAGCUUUGCCUAAAGAAACAGAAAAGACGCAAGAAGACCUUUCAAAAGUAAAGGAAGAAAAAUCACAACCUGAAAAGUCAAAGGAACAGGAGGACAGCAAAAGUGAGAGUGCAGACAGCAUCAAAACAGAAAAAGUUGAACAAGCUUUGCCUAAAGAAACAGAAAAGACGCAAGAGGACCUUUCAAAAGUAAAGGAAGAAAAAUCACAACCUGAAAAGUCAAAGGAACAGAAGGACAGCAAAAGUGAGAGUGCAGACAGCAUCAAAACAGAAAAAGUUGAACAAGCUACGCCUAAAGAAACAGAAAAGACGCAAGAGGACCUUUCAAAAGUAAAGGAAGAAAAAUCACAACCUGAAAAGUCAAAGGAACAGAAGGACAGCAAAAGUGAGAGUGCAGACAGCGUCAAAACAGAAAAAGUUGAACAAGCUUUGCCUAAAGAAACAGAAAAGACGCAAGAGGACCUUUCAAAAGAUACACAAGACAAAUCACAACCUGAAAAGUCAAAGGAACAGGAGGACAGCAAAAGUGAGAGUGUAGACAGCAUCAAAACAGAAAAAGUUGAACAAGCUACGCCUAAAGAAACAGAAAAGACGCAAGAAGACCUUUCAAAAGAUACACAAGACAAAUCACAACCUGAAAAGUCAAAGGAACAGGAGGACAGCAAAAGUGAGAGUGUAGACAGCAUCAAAACAGAAAAAGUUGAACAAGCUACGCCUAAAGAAACAGAAAAGACGCAAGAAGACCUUUCAAAAGAUACACAAGACAAAUCACAACCUGAAAAAUCAGUGAAACAGGAGGACAGCAAAAGCGAUAGCAGUGCAGAAAGUGUCAAAGCAGAAAAAGUUGAACCAGCUUUGCCUAAAGAAACAGAAAAGACGCAAGAGGACCUUUCAAAAGAUACGCAAGACAAAUCACAACCUGAAAAGUCAAAGGAACAGGAGGACAGCAAAAGUGAGAGUGCAGACAGCAUCAAAACAGAAAAAGUUGAACAAGCUACACCUAAAGAAACAAAAAAGACGCAAGAGGACCUUUCAAAAGUGAAGGAAGAAAAAUCACAACCUGAAAAGUCAGUGAAACAAGAGGACAGCAAAAGUGACAGCAGUGUGGAAAGUGUGACAACAAGCGUUGAAGUCGCAGAGAAACAGGUUGAUGAAACACCGAGUAAUCAACCCCCCAAAGCCAAGGAAACAAAAUCUGAUGCAAAGCCAGAGCAAAAAGAUACUAAAGAAAGCAAAGUGAAAACGCCUGAAAAAGCCAAAGAGGAGGAUAGUGUGGUGACCAAAGGCAGUGGAACCAGCAAAGAUGUUAAAAGUGAAGAAACUGUCCCAAAAGACAAAGAAUCAGACAGUGGUGAACAUGAAGUGAAGCCUGCAAAAUCUGAGACGUCAACCAAAACAGAAGCUAAACCUCUGGAGAAGACAGAGCAGGUCAAAGAGAUCAGCAAGAAGGACAGCGUGGACACCAAAGGUCCAGAAGAAACAACUAAACCCUCUAAUGUAGUGUAGAAUAACAGCAGAACAUAUUGGUCAAAAAAAUAAAACCCCUUGCCUUGAGAAAAGAGAAUGAGAAAAAAAUGUUUAAAUAAGCAACCUUGAUGAAUGUCAUAUAAUGUAAUUACUCACAGCCGCGUGACAGAUGAUCUCAGUUGAGCAUGAAUUAUAGAAAUUGCUUUCUGGAAGUCUGACAUUUCUGAUGCAGAUGCAUGCGUACACUGUGAUCUAUGUGUACAUAACGAAUGUGUGAAUCAUGAGGAAUGUAUAAGAUUUUAUUUUGCUAUAUCUGAUCGGCCAAAUGUAUGUUUCAAAAUAGUGCUAUAUAUUAAAUUAAUAAAUAUUCCAGCAUAUCAGUGUUUCAUGGUGUAUUAAUUCAACAGCUUUACCUACAGAGGACCACUGA